AUGCAAAGCACCUUAUCACUAGAAAGCAGCACUAAGUCUGAGUAUUUGACCAAACUUUUGGCAAUCACUGACAAUCAGACUUUCAUAUCGCAUGUAUUAGAUCACUAUUUCCUAUAGAAUCUAAAUGAGUAUUUAAAAGGAAAUGAACAGGUUUAAUUACAAGAACUUAAUGAGAAAAUUCUUCAACUUAGUGAUUAAUAUAGAACAUCAACUGAGAACUAUCUAGAUCUUAUUGAGACUCUAUUUAGCAUUUUCUUAAGAGAUAAUAUGUCAGGGCCUAGCGUAUAUACCCUCUAUGUAGAGGAAACAAAGGCCCCACUUAUUAAGGGAGGACCAUUACCAGAUACUCUUCUAGAUCCACUCUCAAAUAAAAAUCAAGCAUUAUAGGACCUAUUACUUCAGCAUUUCGAGAAGGAUAGUGAAUAGAUCUACCUGAAGACUUAAUUCCUUGUUUUAUUUUAUGCUAUUGAGAUCUUACUCACUAAUAUUCAUACUUCAAUUGAACAUCCUCAAUUCAAGCUAUGGAAAGCAAGGUACUUUUAUUUGCAUGAUUAGUAAUUGACAUCAAGUGUGGCACAUCUUAAAGAUAACUCCAUCAAACUAUAUGAGGAGUAUCUCUAAUAUUUCUUAGAGUAAUAUGAAGCAAAUAAGUCUUAAACAAUGAAAAAUACCUAUGUCUAGCUGCUUAUAGAGCAAUCAUAUUGCUAUCUGAACUUCUACAAAUAUAAGAAAUGCAAAAAGUGCAUUAAGGACGCCAUGAAAAUUCUUAAUUUAAAUUUAACACUGACUGGCAGACUUGGUCGUAGGACGAAAUAUUAAGAAUUUGAUAUUGCUUAGUUAGUACUCGAUAUUGACAAUAGAGAUGUAUAAAUAAUUGAGUCAAAGCCUGAAGUUGUAUCAGCUGAUGGUGAAGAAACUAAAUAGCAGAAGGUAUUACUUGAAGAAGAUACUAUUCUUUAUGAAGAGCCAAAGAUCACUGAUCCAUAAGGGGAACUAACUAAAAAGGAACUGAGUGUCGAGGAUUAACUUGUUAUCUUGGCCUAUGUAAACUAUGUGACAAAAACUCAUCCAAAAGAUGAAACAAGAAUGGAACUCCUUAGACCCUAUAUCAAUGCAUGCACAGAAAAAUCUAAUAAUUGGCUAGUCUUCUCUUUUGCACUAUUACAUAGAUCGAGAAAUGAACUUGACAGAACAAAGACUAUGGAGAGAGCUCUGCUAUAAAUCCAAACUCUGAUUGAUCAGUUCAGAGACAAGGAGCCAAAUACAGGAGUAAGAUUAGCAAAUUAUUUUUCAACUGACUACCCCUUACACUGGCAAAUGUAGAAAGAGUUAGCCAAAUACUAUAUGAAAAUCGGUGUCUAUGUAUCUGCCUAUGAGAUGCUAAGAGAGGUAGAAUUAUAUGAGGACUGUAUUUUGUCAAUGUUUAUGGCCGGAAGAUCUAAAUUAGCAGAGGAACUUGCUGAAGAAAGACUUGAAAAAUCAAAGCUAGCGUAACCAAAUAUACUUUGUCUACUCGGAGAUAUAAAGAAAGAUGUUUCAUACUAUCAAAGAGCUUGGGAAGUGUCUGGACAUAAAAGUGCAAGAGCUAUGAGAAGUUUAGCUAGAAUCUAAUAUUUCUAAGGAGAAUUUAAGAAGAGUGCAGAAUGCUACGAAAAGGCAUUAUCAAUUAGCAGAUUAUACCCAGAUGCUUGGUUUACUCUUGGCUGUGCCUAUAUGAGACUAGAAGAAUUAAAGCAAGCUGUUUACGCAUUCGGAGUUUCAAUUUCUAUUGAUGAAUCCAACUGUGAAGCUUGGUCUAAUAUCUCAACCUGUCAGAUGAGAAUGGAAAAAUAUAAAGAGGCAGUUAUGUGCCUUGAAUAAGCAUUGAAGCAUAAUAGAAAGAACUGGAAGAUUUGGGAGAACUAUAUUAUUCUAUCAAUCGAGACUUUGAAAUUCUAUAAGGCUGUAAGUGCUUCAAGAGAGCUAAUGAGAAUGGAUAUGACUGAUAGGUUAAAUGUAGGAUUAAUGCUAAAAAUUUGUGAUGUCUUCUUAAAGAAUUAUGUAGCCAAAGCAGGAACGCCAUUUGAAGAAUUCAAUAUUGCCAAAAAGCAGCUUUAUGCUUUCUUUGACGAUUAUACUGAGAAGGUAGCAAAAGAUUGGCAAGUUUGGAGACUCAUAUGCAGAAUUAAGUCAAUUUUGAAGGAAUCACAUGAGAAUAUCAAAAGCAUUAAGCUGAAGGAAAUCAGAGCUCUAUAAAACAUAAACUGGGAAAAUGAUAUGUAAGUUUAUCUUUUUUAAUAUGUGUUAGUGAUACUUGUGAAAAGAUAGAGAGAAGUGUGA